AGUUCACCCUCUCUCUCUCUCUCCAACACUUCUCUCCCUCCUGCUCCCGCUAUGACUCUUUAGUAGCCAAAGUAGCUGAACCGAUCCACCGCAGUGCCUGGGACCGAUUGGGUGGAAGACAGAGAGGCAUUUGGAGGAUGGGUAAAGGGGCUUAAGCGAAAACACAUCAAAGAGAGAGAGACCAAAAUCCACAAAACCUCCCCGGUGUGAGGUUUCUUGGCUCCUGACGUGUGCGCACGACUCUCGUGGCAGGAUGAGUUCGUGCAGCAGCCGUGCGCUGACCAUCCUGUCUACAGUGUUCGGAGCCUGCGGUCUGCUUCUAGUGGGGGUGGCCGUGUCCACGGACUACUGGCUGAUCAUGGUGGAGGGCAUCAUCCUGCAGCAGAACCAGAGCAUGGAGGUGAAGAUGGCGCUGCAUUCAGGCCUCUGGAGAGUUUGCUUCGUGGCUGGAGCAGAAAACGGGAGAUGUGUUGCAUCGGAGUACUUCACUGAACCCGAUAUCGAGAUCACCACUGAAAACACUGCAAAUAUCCUCAAGAUGGUGCGCACAGCGACGCCCUUCCCGAUGGUGUCGCUGCUUUUCGUCUUCACGGCCUUCGUCAUCAGUAACAUCGGACACAUCCGGCCUCAGCGCACCAUCCUGGCCUUUGUGUCCGGCAUCUUCUUCAUCCUCUCAGGCCUCAGUCUGGUGGUCGGCCUGGUGCUCUACAUCUCCAGCAUUAAUGACGAGGUGAUGAACCGACCCAGGGAGCCCGAGCAGUUCUUCAACUACCAUUAUGGCUGGUCCUUCGCCUUCGCUGCCUCUUCCUUCUUACUCAAAGAGGGGGCCGGGGUGAUGUCAGUCUAUCUGUUUAUGAAGCGCUACGCCGAGGAGGAGAUGUACCGCCCCCACCCUGCACUCUACCGCCCCCGUCUGUCCGAGAGUAGCGACUACAGCGGGCAGUUCCUCCACCCUGAAGCAUCCUGGCCUCCGCCAAAGCGAGGCCGCAGCACCUCCGAAGCCUCCAGCGACAUCUCCAUUCAGCUCAACCAGGCACCCCCGGUGCCCCCCAAAAACAGCCUCCAAGGGCAGGGCAGCCCGCCUUCUGGGUCUUCUUCCGCAGGGAGCUACCAAAUGCCCCCGCAGUCUGCUGGCUACCCCUCCACACACACCCUCACCAGGUCGCACGCCUCACAUCCCCAAGGCCAAGCUCUUCCCAUGGCCAUGCCUCCGUCGCCCGUCCCUCCCCCCCACUAUCACACUCACAUGCACAUGAGCGCCUCCCCCUGUUAGGAAGAGGGAGCAUUAGGGAGGCAAGGAGAGACACUUGCUCCUCAUAAUCACGUACACUGUACAUUUAGAUGUGGAUGAGAGUAAAUGCUGAAUUUGGAGCACAGAUCAUGUGAGAUUAAGUGGAGAGAGAGGUGAUCAGACAUAAUAAAAUGUAGCGUGGGAACAAUAAUGAACCAAGGACAAAGGAGGUGUUGGAGAUUUAACAGGAUUGUGGAGGUAUGCCAGAAAGUGCUAUGGGCGAAGAAAAAAACAAAACAAGAGAAGAUUGGAAAAGAAAAAGAAGAAUUUCAGUUUUUCAUGAUGGAACGAGGUAAAAAAAGUGAUUCCUAGACAGACUUUAGAGGUUAGGUUUAGUGACAGAGGAGAUAUAGGGGAGGGAGAGGGAGGCAGGGAGAGCGAGGGGCUGCGGUAUAAUACGAAGAUACUGCAGUGCUGCAGGAAAUGUGUAUGCAUUUGGAAAUGUGCAAUGCAAAACACUGAUCACAAAGACUGAGGAUGCACAUAGUUUUAUACAUACAUGAUUCAUAACAAUACACAGACUACAUACCCUUUUACCGAAAGGUAAAUAUGGUUAAAUAUAUUCUUGUCUUCUCUGAAUUUCUUACAUCAUCAAUCCAGUUUCAGAACUCACAAUGUCAACGUAUUAUUAUUGUUAUAACUAUUAUUAUUAAUAAUGAAAGUAUUAGGUAACAAUAGAGUAGUUCUGAAAUAAGAACACUGUAUGUGAAUGCUGUUAAUCUUUGUAAAAAAAAAAAAAAAAAAAAAACUGACAGAAGUGGACUAUGUUCUGAAAUAUCAUCAGGAGAAAUCUACUUUAUGUUUUACAUAUUCGAUUAAGAUACCAAUUUCUAAAUUUAUUGUACAUACAAUUGCACAUGAGGACUUCUAUAUAGCUGUUGUUAGAUUAUGAAUGAAGCUUUGGCACAAGUCACAUUAAGAAAAUGUCUGACUCAUUCAGCUUUGGAUGAAGACUGCAACAAGCACCACAACCAACGACGCAGACGCAGCGACGGUUAGAAGGAGGACCCGCCCGACACGGAUGUGGCGGUCUGAUGCCCUCUUCUGGCCACUGUUCAGCACUGACCCUGGAUCAGAUCCGAGCCCAGGUCACUACUUUUUCAUGCACUCUUCGUUCUUCACGGACCUGCACUGUGUGUCAGUUGAUGGUGCAGCACAGAUGAGUUGGACGGGUGCAACAAGACAUGCCAUUUUGAACUGCACACGGAGCACGAUUUAUGCUUUAACGACUGGUUAGAAGUAUUUUUUUAAAGCUUCAAUGCUGUUUAUAUAUCUGAAAAACUCACAGAUGGAAGCAUUGAUAACAUUUGCACUUAAUGCUCAAAGGACAAUACCACUGUUUACGAAACGCAAGUCCUCAGGACAUGGACAAAGUAUAGGCCGUUCUUUAAUUCCAAUAUUUCCGGUUCCCAUUUGUGUUGGUACAUUGUGCCAAAGUAUCUGAAAAUGUAUGUUUAAAUGAAAACGUGAUAUUGAGCUCUCUAUUUUCAUCAUCGCCUAAUCUACUUAUUAAUCUAGAUUCAUUGUUUUGUAGAAAAUAGUGAAGAAGUGUAAUGGCCCAAAGCUCAACGCUAUUUAUUUAAUUAGUUUGUUUUAUUCAACCAAUAGUCCAAAACCAAACGCUUUCUCCAUUUAUGCAGAAACGCAUACAAUCUUCCAGCAUAUGUUUGGCAUUUUGCUUUGAAAAGGAAUACAAUUAUUGAUCUAUUUUCUUUUUUUUUUAUGGACUAAUUGAUGAGUCACUCUUUUAACAUCACAUUGUAGGCAUGUAUGACAUUGUGGGAUAUUUUAGCUUACUUUAUCAUGCACUUGUCAUGUUGUGCUUCAUUUUGAGGUAAGUUAUAUAUUUUCAGAUGCUUUAGAACUGUAAUGUUCAGAUCAAGGUGCUCUUAAAUACUGUACAGUAUCUCAACAAUGCAGAGUCGUAUAAUCUUGGGCAGACGAGCAGGACCUGCGUAUCAAAAACAGUAGAACAGUUGAUUUAGUUUGUUUGUUUUUAAGGCACAUCAUGCACAGGGACACAUCGAUACGAUACAUCUCUGUAAUGAGAAUAAAACCAUUGUGGCAUUGUGU